CGAAGAGUGACACAGUAUUCCCCACUUGGAGAACACCUCUAAUGGAACUUGCUUUUUUCUCCAGCCUUGCGACCAGCCUGUUUUCGCCUCGCACCGUAGCUGCUCGGCCUUGCAGGUGGGGUUCUUCUUUUCUCAACUCCCCAAGCCUUGACGAGUUGAACGGCGGGGGCCGGAAGUGUGCGCUGCAGCUUCAGGUCCCUAGCGAAUCGACACCGGAAGUAGCCGUUGCUGGAGAAUAAUUCCGCCGGCAUCGCUAUGGCGGCGAUCCCGCCAGACUCCUGGCAGCCUCCCAACGUAUACUUGGAGACCAGCAUGGGGAUCAUUGUGCUGGAGCUGUACUGGAAGCAUGCUCCAAAGACCUGUAAGAACUUUGCUGAAUUGGCUCGUCGAGGUUACUACAAUGGCACCAAAUUCCACAGAAUCAUCAAAGACUUCAUGAUCCAGGGAGGCGACCCAACAGGGACAGGUCGAGGUGGUGCAUCUAUCUAUGGCAAGCAGUUUGAAGAUGAACUUCAUCCGGACUUGAAAUUCACAGGGGCUGGAAUUCUUGCAAUGGCCAAUGCAGGGCCGGACACCAAUGGCAGCCAGUUCUUUGUGACCCUAGCGCCCACCCAGUGGCUUGAUGGCAAACACACCAUAUUUGGCCGUGUGUGCCAGGGUAUAGGAAUGGUGAAUCGAGUAGGAAUGGUGGAAACAAACUCCCAGGACCGCCCUGUGGAUGAUGUGAAGAUCAUCAAGGCAUACCCUUCUGGGUAGUCUUGCUGCUGUCUUGGGUACACCCAGGUCUUCUCAGAGGGCCCCAGAGAACCAGCUUCCAAAUGACCUAGAAUGACGUGUAAUUCUAAACUUCACUUUGGCCUUGCAAAAGCAUGGAGCUAAGGAAUCAUGGGGUCUUAGUUGAGUUAGAGAUGGAAGUGUAUUUUAAUAGGAUGCUUCUUUUCUCUUGGAGCCUAGGUUGAUAGACCAUUGGCAGAAAUGCCCACACAUGAUUGUACACAGGUUACUGCUCACUGCACAUGACCCAUACUGCUCCUUUUUGUGUAUAUCUGCUCUAGUAUUCUAGUAUUCUAGAACAAAAUGAAGCCAACUCCAUCAUUUCUCAGUGCCGAACCAAACUUCUUCCUGUGGAGAUUUAUAUUCUGACCUACACUGCAGUCUUUGGUGGCUGACAGCCACAGAAUUCAAAACUAAGUAGUGUCUGUCAGCCUUCUGAACUCUUUGCUCACCCUAUUUCAGUCUCCUACAUUUCUUCUUCCCGGGAAUGUAUGCAUCUCUCCAUAUAUUUUCCCUCUCAGAACCAGAACAUCAAUACUGCUGUUUCUGACACUUAGACAUCCCACGCAAAGCCUCAUUGGAUUUUUGCCAAAUGAAAAAUGCAUCUAACAAUCAAGUUUCUAAGAAGGUGUCAAGUGUGGAAUGAUAAUGUGUAAUAAUCAAGAAAUGAAUUUAUUCAAAGGAAGCAGAAGCAUUGACCAUUUUUCCCCAUGGAGUAGAAAUCUGGACUGAGCAUAGAGACAGACUGAAUUCUCCUUAAAAAGCAGUAUUCUCAUAAAGGAGAAGUAACAUUUCAGUUUUUUUUAAACUUAAGACUUUAGAGAAACUAAGAUUUUAUAUGUUUUUUUUUUUUUAAUCUUUCUGAUUUUUUAGCGAGGGGCGGGGCGGUGAGAGAAAGGAAGUUAAUAUCUAUGUAAUACAUAGAAACUUUCAAAAUAAAAUGCCAUUGAUGGUUGAAAUCA